UCUGGAGGAGAGGGAGGCGGCAGAACAGAGAAGUGAGGCAUCCCAGAAGAGGCUGCUAGAGCUGGUGAGGGUGGUGACCUCUUCCCUCAGCCUGGGAGACCUAGACCCUCAGGACGCCCAAGAAAACUCUCCACCAGGCUUGCUGAGCUCGUCCAGGAGUGUGCCCGGCUGCGUAGCGAGGUCCUGAGGGUGACGGAGGAACUGGACCAGAGGGAGGGUGAGGCAGCAGCAGCGAGGCAGACGGUGGAGAGGCUGGUGAACGAGCUGGACGACGAGAAGCGAACAGUCGAGGAGCAGAACCUGGCCCUGGUGGAGUACCGGAAGGAGGGAGACGACCUGAGGACGAGGAUGAGGGCGGUGGAGGAGGAAGUGAAGAGUGUAAGGGAGAGACUCCACAACACCAACAAGUCCUACAACGUUACCCUCGAGGAGCUGCACUCUGCUGAGAAGCACCUCCAGAUGGCCAAAGAUGAAGUUGUGGUGACGGAACAUCGUCGGCAGCAGAGUGAGGUUGAGAGUCGAGGGUUCCUCACUACGGUGGGGGCCCUCCUGUCCAGCCCUGAGCAUCGCCUGGCCCCGGAGACACAAGCCAUUACAGACCGUAUCCAGAGUCUGGUCAGCGCUAACAGGGAGGCUGCCGAGCACGUGGAGCGCCUCACGGCUCAGGUCACCAGCCUGGGGGAGCAGACCAGGCGCCAGUCAGAACUGUACGAAACCGCCGUCAAGCGAGGCCGCCAGUCCGACGCCGACCUUCACACCCUCACCAAUCGUUGUCGCCAGUUGGAGGCCGACCACGCUGCCGCAGAAGCCACGCGUGAGCACCUGGCCAUCGAGAGAGAAAGGGCGGGGCGGGUGCUGGGGCGGGUGGUGGAGGCCCUGGGGCUAGCGGAGAUGGGGCAGGAGGUGACGAACGACGUGGAGAUGAUCAUCUGUAGGUGUCAACAACUGGCCAAGCUGGAGGGCGAGAAGAUCGUCGACAAGGUGAAGCUGACCAUGUCUCUUGUCUCAGAUAAUCUUAAGCUACCUUUUUUCUCAUCCAGAACUCAAUGA